UGAUCCAAUAGUUGCAUCAGUUGCGUCGACUCAGAUUGGAGCAUUGUGAUCGCUUGAAACAAAAAAUAAACAAUUAUUCAAAGUGUUUUUACGUAUUUUUAAUCUAGUGCAUUUUUUCCGAAUAUAGUGUAUAAGGUAGUGGUUGCAUGUAUGAAUAAUAUGACAGGAGACCCUAACCAAGAAAACCACCCAUCAGUUUUCGGUUUCGAACCAUACCCGUCUCUAAACGUGCAACCCAUAGACUGGAGUCGAAUACCAUUCGGGCCUUCAGCAGCCUCAGUGAUUCCCCAGGGACAAUUUAACCCAUCUUUAAUUUAUCAACAAGUACCCUCAAGUAUAGGACAUUUCUCGUUUUGUUCCUCACAAGCCCCACAUCCAGCACAGUUUCCUUUUCCCCCUAGCACUCCCAUAGAAAAUAAUGUGUCGGUACACCAUUCGUUUUCCACAGUGCGUUGCAAGAGGAAAACUGAGUCUCCACCGUUACAGCCAUGCAAGCAACAUAUCACAGAAGAGAAAAUGGCAGAACAUAUGUCUCGUUUGCACAUAAGUUCGGAAACAGCGACGUCGUCAAAGGAAUCAGAUGGAGAUAGAACACGGCGUUUGUAUAUGUGUGAAGAAAUGAGGAAAUUGCAAAGUGAUUCUAUUCUUCCCCAAUCUCUGUUGUCUAAAAUUCAACGACCUUGUACAGCUUUGGUAUUAUGGACACCCCCACGUCGUUUGAUUCCCUUAGAAAACGUAGAGAGUGAAAAUAAUAACGAAGAAGAGGCUCCUGAUCAAAAUAAGAUGGCUAUGGAGGCUGAUUUGAAUAAUAUGGAUCUAGAUAAUAUUUAAGUUAGGUUUUUCUUCCAAGUGAUUAUUCUCCAAGACUGAUAAUUUGAAAGGAAUGAUUUGUAUUAAGAAAUUGUGUUCCUAACCUUUAUUUUUUUAUCGUGAGGAGAGGAAAUACUGUAACGAAAUAGUGUUAUACACAGACCAGUUUUUUUCUGCAAUAGAGCUUUAAGUAAUUUAUAAACUUUUUUCAUAUAUACUUUAAAAAUCGUAAUUAAAAUAGAGUGUAAGGAAGACAUUGCUCACACUUUUUUAACGUUUGUUCGUUUUUUCUUUCACUUUUGAACAUUUAAGUUACUUUUUUACUAUUGCUGUAUUAGAUGUAAGCUUUCUUACGUUUAGUUCUCUAACGAUUUGUUAACUUUUGUUCUUAACACCUUUUUUGAUUGUUUUGUAUGGCAGUGCAAUUGGCCAAAAUAAAAA